AUGUCCGGUUUGCCUAACCACUCAUUGAAAUUGAAGGCUGGUACAAUCAUCAUGUUGAUAAAAAAUUUGGAUCAAUCUGAAGGCCUUUGUAAUGGUACAAGGUUAACCGUUACAAAGUUAGGCAAUCAUGUCAUUGAAGCAAAGAUCAUUUCAGGUACAAAUAUUGGAAAUAUUAUUUAUAUCCCCAGAAUGUCUUUGUCUCCUUCCCAAUCUCCAUGGCCAUUUAAACUUAUUAGAAGACAAUUCCCAAUUAUAGUGUCAUUUGCUAUGACAAUCAACAAAUCUCAAGGACAAUCGUUGGACUAUGUUGGAUUAUAUUUGCCAAAGAAUGUUUUCAGUCAUGGACAACUUUAUGUUGCCAUUUCAAGGGUUAAGAGCAAAGCUGGAUUGAAAGUUUUAAUACACGACAAAGACAACAACUACUUAACUCAAACAACAAAUGUGGUCUUCAAAGAAGUUUUCCACAAUGUCAUAUAG